AUGGCGCUGUACAACCAGACAUUGGAUUUCUUGACCGACUCCUGGACGAAUCAGCGAACACAUCUCCCAUUACUAGCUGUAACAGGGGCUUCAUUCACCUUUGGACUUCUGCUUCGAUCGCUUUUGAGUGGUGCGGCACCUGAUGUAAAGGUGUUGCCUUCACCCCGCGAAAGACUCCUUCAGGGGCUGACGGAGGAAAAGAAUCGUGAACUACCUCUUCCCUUGGAUGCUUUGCCCGGUGCGCGCGAUGUCGCCUCCCCAUAUGGUUCAAUCAGGGUAUAUGAAUGGGGUCGGGAAGAUGGCCCUAAGGUGUUACUCGUACACGGUAUCACCACGCCAUGUAUCGCACUAGGCGGGUUGGCCCAUGCACUGGUUGACCGGGGUUGCCGUGUUAUGCUUUUCGACCUGUUUGGUCGUGGGUACUCCGAUUGCCCGGCCGAUCUCCCCCAAGAUAGUCGGCUGUUCGCGACACAGAUCAUGCUGGCUUUAGUCUCAUCGCCCAUCUCUUGGACUGGCGCCCAGUCCGGCAAAUUUAGCCUCGUCGGUUACUCUCUGGGAGGUGGUAUUUCUGCUGCGUUUGCGUCUUACUUCCCUCAGCUCCUAUCGGCGUUGUUUCUCCUCGCUCCGGCCGGCCUAAUACGCGAGUCGCAGAUAACCUUCCAGAGCCGUCUUCUCUACACUGCAGGCAUUAUACCCGACAGCAUCCUGGGUUAUAUUGCAGGCCGUCGCCUAGAAGCCGGUCCCUUGAUGAAGCCUAAGCCCAAGAACGAGAAGAUUAGCGCGUCAGCUGCACUAUCCGAAGAAUUUCCAUCACAAAAUGGAGCAGACGUUCAGAUUCUCUCGAGGGAAUACCCUGAUAUCAAUUCCAUAUCUACUGUUACGUGGCAGGUGAAGAAUCACCCUGGAUUUGUGCAUGCUUUUAUGUCCAGCAUGCGUCAUGGUCCCCUCCUGGCAGAACGUCAAUCGAGUACAUGGGCCCAACUGGGAGAAUAUCUUAGUGCACAGAGCCUCUCGCCAGAUAACAAAACCGAAAAAGUGCCAGGUCUACCUGCUGACAAGGUUCAUAUUCUAUGUGGCAAUAACGAUGCCAUAAUCAUCAAGGACGAGCUCGUCUCAGAUGCCACAGCUGUUCUUGGCGGUAAUGCGGUUUUCAAGUUCUUUGAAGCUGGCCACGAAUUCCCCAGCACCAAGUAUGAAGAUAUCGCGCAAUAUAUCUUCAAAUUUAUAUGA